AUGGGCUUGAAAGGAAAACUGAUUGCUUCAGUAGAAGUGAAGUGCGGAGGACAUCUGAUGCAUGAUCUUUUACACACUAAUUCUCAUCAUGUACCUAAUAUACGUCCACAUGUUAACAGUUUUCAAAUUCAUGAAGGUGAAAGUGUAAAAGUUGGUUCAGUUGUUAGCUGGAGUUAUAAUGAGGCUGGACAAAAGAAGUUUACAAAGCAUGUUAUUGAAGCCAUCGAUUCGUACGAAAAAUCAAUUCGUUGGAAAGUCAUUGAAGGAGACGUGCUAGAGAUGUAUAGUUCAUUUACUAUUGUAACAUCUCAUGAAUCUCAGUGGACUAUAUGGACACUUGAGUAUGAAAAGAAAACUGAAGACAUCCCAGAGCCCCUCAUUUUUUGGGUGUUUUCCUUGACAUAA